AUGGUACCCUGGUAGACACAUUAGCCGGUGUUGGUGUUACACUGAGGAGCGUGGUACAAGGAGGGGUGCUUUUAUUGCUGUCCUGAAGAAGAACACAACAGUGUGAGCAGGAUGGAGCGCCUGGCCUCCUUCAGCAACGACCCUUUUGAUAAACCACCUUGCCGAGGCUGCUCUUCCUACCUCAUGGAACCGUACAUCAAAUGUGCAGAAUGUGGGCCUCCUCCCUUUCUCCUGUGUUUGCAGUGUUUCACACGAGGAUUUGAGUAUAAGAAACACCAGAGUGAUCAUACUUAUGAAAUCAUGACGUCAGAUUUUCCUGUUCUGGAUCCCAGCUGGACAGCUCAGGAGGAAAUGGCACUUCUAGAGGCCGUGAUGGAUUGUGGAUUUGGAAACUGGCAGGACGUGGCCAAUCAGAUGUGCACAAAAGCAAAGGAGGAGUGUGAAAAACAUUAUAUGAAACACUUCAUCAACAAUCCCUUGUUUGCAUCUACGUUGUUGAACUUGAAGCAGGCAGAAGAGGCACAAAACGCUGACACGGCCAUUCCAUUCCACCCUGCUGAUGAUCCUCCACGACCUACCUUUGAUUCCUUGCUCUCCAGGGACAUGGCUGGGUACAUGCCAGCUAGAGCUGACUUUAUUGAGGAGUUUGACAACUAUGCUGAAUGGGAUUUGAGAGAUAUAGAUUUUGUGGAAGAUGAUUCAGACAUUUUACAUGCUUUGAAGAUUGCCGUUGUAGAUAUCUAUCACUCCAGGUUAAAGGAAAGGCAGAGGAGAAAAAAAAUUAUAAGAGACCACGGCCUCAUCAACCUCAGAAAAUUUCAGAUUCUGGAGAGACGAUACCCAAAGGAGGUCCAAGACCUUUAUGAAACAAUGCGACGGUUUGCAAGAAUUUUAGGCCCAGUGGAGCACGACAAGUUCAUUGAAAGCCAUGCAAUGGAAUUUGAACUGCGAAGGGAAAUAAAGCGUCUACAGGAAUACAGGACGGCAGGAAUCACUAACUUCUGUAGUGCAAGAACUUAUGAUCACCUCAAGAAGACACGAGAAGAGGAGCGCCUAAAGCGCACGAUGCUUUCUGAAGUCCUCCAGUACAUCCAGGACAGCAGCGCCUGCCAGCAAUGGCUCAGUCGACAAGCUGACAUUGAUUCUGGCCUGAGUCCCACAAUGCCAGUUGCUUCAAAUUCAGGUAGGCGGAGCGCCCCCCCACUGAACCUCACGGGUCUCCCUGGCACAGAGAAACUUAACGAGAAGGAGAAAGAGCUCUGUCAGAUGGUGAGAUUGGUCCCUGGAGCCUAUUUAGAAUAUAAAGCUGCUUUAGUGAAUGAGUGUAACAAGCAAGGAGGCUUGAGAUUAGCCCAGGCUAGAGCACUCAUCAAGAUCGAUGUGAACAAAACCAGGAAAAUCUAUGACUUCCUGAUCAGAGAAGGAUACAUCACCAAAGCCUAAAGACACAUGUAGAAGCCCUGGCACGAGUGACAUAUGUGGAGAUGGCUUUGAAGUAGCUUUGACAGUACUGAAAGUUUUAAACUUUGUUGAAUCAAGGACACUUCUGUUUAAUUUUUUUUUUUUUGGUAAAAAGUAGGGAACUUUGUCAAAUUGUCCGAAUACUGACAUUUCUUGGUCUAGUUUUCUUUUGACUCUGCUGUAUAAACACUCCUGUUGGCAGUAUUAUGCUGCCAUGUACUUCCGAAAGAGUUGUGUGCCAUAUAAGCUAAUAUUAAAUGUGAGUAGGCAUUCAUUUCUAACACCUCU